AUGGCUGCACAAAGCAUUGCCGAUCACGCUGCAGAAAACGACGUAAUACUGAUUCUGGGAGACUACAACCUUCCCCGCCUGAAAUGGUGUUUCGAUGACGACAUCAACGGAUACCUGACCAUGAAUGCUUCCAGUGAACCGGAACUAAUUCUUGUGGAUUCCAUGUCAACAUGUGGUCUAGUGCAACUGAAUCCUUUUGUCAACUCUAGCGGAAAUUUGCUCGAUCUGGUUUUCUCCAAUUCACCUAACGAUUUCGAAGUACUGCAGCCGCCGCAUCCGAUUUUACCUUCCGACGAUUUUCACCCACCACUCGUCCUGCAGCUAGACACUCGUAGCUCUGUGUUUGCCCAGGUCGUUUCGGAUUCCCACACUCCUGAACUUGACUUCAAGCGCUGCAACUUCGAUGAACUCAAUACCACCCUGGCAUCUGUAGACUGGGAACACUUUCUCAAUGGAAAUUCGGUGGAUGCAAAUGUGGUCAUAUUUUACGACAAGCUUUCCGAGAUUCUAGCUGCGCAUGUGCCUCGUCGUCGAUCUCUCGAUGCAUUGAAAAAAUAUCCUUGGUGGACGGCUGAAUUGCGUAAUCUACGGAAUCGACUGGAAAAGAUGCGCCAUCGUUUCUUUUCCGAUAAAACUAAUGAAAACAGAGACAUGCUCCGCUCUGUUGAGUCUGCGUAUAAUGAACUGCUCACAUCAUCCUACCAAAGACACGUAAGUCGAUUGGAAUCCAACCUGAAACGAAAUCCAACGAAUUUCUGGAAUUGUGUCAAGUCUCAACGAUCUGGUAAUCGUGUUCCGGUCAAUGUGACAUACGGCGAAGUCACGGCCAACACACCCGAGGAAGCCGCAAAUCUGUUCUCCAGUUUUUUCCAAACCGUGUACAGUUCGACGCCCCCGCGACUUUAUUCAGGGUGCUUUAGUCAAGUGCCGUCUUAUAAUGUUCAUCUACCGCCUUUUAAUUUCUCCCAUGACGAAGUACUGCGAGCAUUGACAAUGUUGGACGCUUCAAAAGGUGCUGGCGUUGACGGUCUGCCCCCGUUACUGUUGAAAAACUGUGCCAUAUCGUUGGUGGUGCCUGUAACGAUGUUAUUCAACCCACCAGGGUGCGAGGACGCCAUCUUUUAG